UCAUGCUGCUGCCAAGUCCAGAGUGUGUCAUGGGUCCCUGUACGGCCUCCCAUUGCUGCUGUCUCCAUCGCCACACUCUGCCAUGUGCCACUUUCAGGUCUCCUCACACUGCUGGUGUGUUCAAUUUUUUGACAUAGGGUGCUGGCAGAUUACGGGCCUCCCAUUGCUGCUGCCAGGCACGUAAUCUGCCAUGGGCCCCCAUACCGACUCCUCAUGCUGCCCCCAAAUCGGCCAUGGGCCCCAGUACCGCCUGGUCACACUGCUGCUGGGCCCACAGUGUGACCUGGGUCCCUGUACGGCCUCCCAUUGCUCCCACUCUGC